CCAUUGCCAUCCCUAAUUCCUCUCUUCUUCUUCUGGAGGACGAUACAACAAAUCCCUCCAAACAACAUUUCUCAACCGCCGGAAACAAAAUCCGGCAGCGAACAAGAAUUCCACCGCCACCACAGCUACCUGAAACCUCCCAAGAAAAAAGUUCUCUAGAUUCUCUGUGACUGGUGAAAAUGGCGCCGGUGGAUCCUCACUCCUUCACUGAUUCAGCUCACCCGCUCACAACCCACGUCGCCCUCUCCCUCUACUUCGACUUCCCUUCCUCCACCAUCCACGCCGCAGCGCUCCUGACCCUCGCCGCGCCUUGCUCCGGCCAGCUAUCCCUCGACGCCCGCUCCCUCGCCGUCCACGGCGUCCUCGACCCUCAAACCCUAGCCCCGCUCUCCUUCACUCUCUCACCUCCCGACGCCCUCAAGGGCUCACUCCUCUCCGUCGCGCUCGACUCCCACGCCUCCAUCCUCGUCCUCUAUUCCACCUCACCGGACUCCUCCGCCCUCCAGUGGCUGUCGCCGCCGCAGACGUUCAACAAGACCCAUCCCUUCGUCUACACUCAAUGCCAGUCGAUUCACGCGCGGUCGGUCUUCCCAUGCCAGGACACACCCGCCGCUCGCAUCUGUUACUCCGCGAAGCUUAACGUGCCGCGGGAGCUGUCGGCGGUGAUGUCCGCCAGGCAUGCCGGCCGCCGCGAUCCGGUUGCCGGGGACGUGAGCGAGGGGUUUAAGAAAGGGGGUUCUGCCGCGGGGCUCAAUUUCGAGUCUCUGUGGUGUGGGGAUGGGAGAGUGGUGGAGGAAUUUGUGAUGGAGCAGCCGAUUCCGCCGUACUUGUUUGCUUUCGCGGUAGGGGAACUGGGGUUCAGGGAAGUCGGGCCGAGGACGAGGGUUUACUCUGAGAAUGUGGCCGGGGUGCUGGACUCGGCGGCCAGUGAGUUCGCCGGGACUGAAGAGAUGAUCCGGCAAGGGGAGAAGCUGUUUGGGGAGUAUCCGUGGGAGAGGUUUGAUUUGUUGGUGUUGCCGCCGAGCUUUCCAUAUGGUGGAAUGGAGAAUCCCAGGAUGGUGUUCUUGACACCGACGGUGAUCAAAGGGGAUGCAAGUGGUGCUCAGGUUGUGGCGCAUGAAUUGGCUCAUAGCUGGACUGGCAACUUGAUUACCAACAUAAACAAUGAGCAUUUUUGGUUGAAUGAGGGUUUUACAACAUAUGCUGAGAGGAGAAUUGUUGAGGUUGUGCAAGGAGAAGAAAGAGCUAUUCUGAGCAUGGGAAUUGGUUGGAGGGGUCUGAACGAGGAGAUGGAGAGGUUCAAGGACAACAUGGAGUUCACAAAGCUCAAAACUAAUCAGGAAGGAAUUGAUCCAGAUAAUGUGUAUUCUCAAGUUCCUUAUGAGAAGGGUUUUCAGUUUCUUGCUCGAAUUGAACGCCAGAUUGGAAGAUCUGCAUUUGAUGAGUUUACCAAGAAGUAUAUCGAAAACUUCAAGUUCAAGUCAAUUGAUACUGAGACAUUUCUUGAGUUCCUGAAAGCAAAUGUUCCUGGAAUAGAGAAGGAGGUUGACCUAAAAUUGUGGACUGAGGGUACUGGCAUCCCUCCUGAUGCGUAUGAACCAGUCUCUGACUUGUACACUAAGAUAGUUUCACUUGCAAAUGAGUUUAAGCUCGGAAAGAUACCAGGGGAGGAUGAAGUUGCCAAUUGGCAAGGGCAAGAAUGGGAGCUCUACUUAGAGAACCUGCCUAAAUGUGUUGAAGCCUCUCAGGUCUUAGCCUUGGAUGCACGCUAUCGGAUGUCAGAAUCAAAGGACUACGAGGUGAAAGUAGCAUUCCUGCAAAUGGCGAUUUCAUCCAAGUGCAGAGAUUACUACCCUGAAGUUGAGAAGACCUUAAAAGAAGUGGGGAGGAUGAAGUACCUCCGCCCGCUCUAUACAGCUCUCGUUCAAGGCAGCGGGAACGAAGAGGAGAAGAUCCUGGCCAAAAGGCUGUUUGCAGAGGCUCGCGAGUGCUAUCACCCAAUUGCGCAAGGUGUCGUCGAAUCAAUCCUCGCCAAGAACCUCUAGAAGGCAGAAACAGACUGAAGCAACCUUACAUACUCUGCAUAUGGGGUGAUGAAUUUGAGUAGUAGUACUAAGUAUAACCUCUUUUUUUUUUUUGUAAGUUUGGGAAUCUUUAACUUGGUCCAGUUGACGAGUCGUGCUAUCUGGCGAUUGGCCGACCUAAGUAUGGAAAGAAUAGGUACACUUCUUCGGAUCGUAAUGAGGGUUUGAGAAUUCUUGAUGAGCUAAGGCUGAACAGUAUUUUAGUUUUUUUUUUUCGUUCCAUAACUUUUUGGUAUGAAGUAUGAACUACUUUCGUAUGUUUUUGUUCAAGAAGUUUGAAGCAAGGUUGGCCGAGUAUCGUAGACUCGCCAAGAGAUGCAGAUUGACAUGAUUUGUGCCAAUUUUGUUGAAGGCGUGGAAACUCGAGAGAAGAAUCCGACGAAGGUUACAGAUCAACGAUCUUCUUCUUCAUCGAUUCAUAUAUCAGAGUGAUCUCACUGUUUUCAUUUGGUCUAGCACCACAUUCCAUACACAUUUUCAGUCUUUUAUGAAUUGAC